AUGGCAACGCGCAGCUAUGCAGCGGCGAUUGAUGCUUUGAAUUCACUGCAGUCAAAUGCAGCAACGAUAGAGGCUAUUAGAAAGAGUGGAAAAACUGUCAAUGAGCUUAACGAGCCGGAAAUGACAGAGUACCUCGAACGCAUUGGCCACUCGCGCGACGAGCUGGAUCGAAUCCAUGUUGUGCAUAUAACGGGGACGAAGGGGAAAGGUUCAACGGCUGCAUUUUGUGAUGCACUUUUUCAGAAAAUUAAAGGUCUCCUCUCGUAUUCGUCCGGGGAUCGCCGUAUUGGCUUAUAUACGUCCCCACAUAUGGUCGCUGCGCGUGAGAGGAUUCGAAUCGAUGGUGCACCUUUAUCGGAAGCAGACUUUGCCAAGUUUUUCUGGGAAGUCUGGGAUCGGCUUGAGAAUAAUCCGCACCGGGCGCUGGCGUCCACACCCAUACGACCUGUUUACUUUCGUUUUAUGACGCUACUUGCUUUUCAUGUGUUCAUUUCUCUCAAAGUGUCGGCAACGCUCCUUGAGGUCGGUAUCGGAGGCAUGUAUGACUCGACCAACAUUGUGAGGUGUCCUAUCGUGACGGGUGUCACAGCUCUAGGCCUUGACCAUACCGCCAUUCUUGGGCAUGAACUUAAGGAUAUUGCCUGGCAAAAAGCCGGCAUCUACAAAACAGGUGUGCCGGCAUUGAGUGUCGAACAACCUGUAGAAGCUUUGGACGUACUCAGGAAGUAUGCUGAGGAGAAAGUCCAUGCAUCGACAUUCCACGUCGUACACACGUACCGCGAGCUGCAGCAAGUCCGCUUGGGCCUAGCAGGCGAUCACCAAUACUCGAACGCAAGCUUAGCACUGGAGCUCGUACGUUCGUUUGUUGCAUCUGGUAUUGGAAAAGAGUGCUUUCCGGGUGCCCUCGAUAUCCUAGGGCCUGUAGGUGAACGUGUUCCAAAAGCAGCGCAAGAAGCACUAGCAUCUACAUUCUGGCCCGGACGAUGUCAAAUAGUACCUGCAAAAGAGGCCUUUCACGCAACCUACUUUGUGGAUGGCGCACACACCGUUGAGAGCGUGCGUGCAUGUGUUCAAUGGUUCGUACGCGAGACGGCAGGCAAUACAAGGCCGAAGGUGCUUGCGUUCAACUGCACGAAUGGGCGGUCAGCACACACUCUUGUGCAGGCAAUGCUUGAUGAGCUGCGUCAAUGCGAUGAGGACUCAUGCACAUUUUUCCAGCGCAUAUUUUUCUGUACGAAUAAUACAUAUGCGGAUGGUGGUUCAGCGAGUGAUUUGACGUCACGCGCUAUAGAUCCCAAAGAUCUUGAGAGCAUGGCUGUUCAGCGGGAGCUCCUGCAUGCGUGGUGUGAUCUGCAGGGCAUAACGCAGCGUGAUGCUCUGUCUGCUUUCGGUGGGAAUACUAGUAUGAGGGAUAUUCGAGUACAUGUGAUGCCUACUAUUGAGCAUGUAAUGAACGCUGUGCGGGAAUAUGCUCAGUCAACACAUACUGUGCCAGAUGUUUUUGUCGCAGGCAGUCUUCAUUUGGUCGGUGGUUUUAUGGCACAUUUGCAAGCUAAGGGCGCUCUCGACGAGCGCCUACGGAGUACGCAAAACCUUGACCCUGCCACGAAGCUCGUGUCUUAA